UGGAUCGGACGUUCUCACCGACGGACCACUGCAGGCUGCCAGGGGGUGCACACGCGGUAUCACGAUUCGAUGCGACAGCCUCGCGACUUUUCCCCUCAACCUCAUCGCCAUGACCGACUCUCAAAAGCAGCCCACCCUCGCCCCUGGCCCUCCAAACACAGACGGGGCCUUUCAGCAAGCCUUGCUUAGAGUCGGGGAAUUGGAAACCCAAAACACCAAACUGUACGAAGACAAUCGUCGGCUCGCAGCCGCCGUUCACAUGCUGCGCGAGCGGCACGCCUUUUUGUCCAAGCCCCAGGCUGCCCAGUUGCAGCAGCUCAUGUACUUGCAAGAACUCGUACGCAACAUAGAGGCAGAUCGACUGCGUGCCACUCGUCAACACCAAGACCUCCUAAACAGCCUCACAAACGGGACCUCUCCCCAGCUGCUAGCCGCGCAGUUACAGCAAUCUCGAGCAGAGUACACACAUCUGCUCAAAGACUACAACCAUUUGUUAGACAAGCAUACAAGGCUCAAAGUUCAUCUUUCUAUGACCAACCCCUUACACCACAUUCCAGUAGGUGUUCCAGUUCCGGUCGUGCCGAGCAGCCACGGUGGCAGUCCUGCAGCUACUUUCCCGCGCCCAGAUAUCCCUAUGCUAGGAGAUCCACCUUGUGACGUUCUGCCCAGUCACAGUCCCCUUACAUCUCCAACUCGCCCCCACCGCAAUUUCCCGCUCCCACAGCAAGCUAUACAAAGUCAUGAGAGACCGUCCUUGGAUGGUUUUAUCCAGCGUCAACCUCCUACAGUGCACAGUCAACAUCCGCCUCCUACUCCACCUUCUUCAGCUUCGAUGGCAGCACCAGCGGGACCUCCGCUUCACACGCCACAGCGACCCGUAACUAGACAUCCAGCGAAGCCGCCAGUUCACAUGCCCCAGUGGCAUGCCGGCCCUCGUAUCAUGUCGGCCCCUGCCACCUUACCACAAGGUCAUCACCCUUUUCCACAAGGACCCAAGCCAGCACGGGGAACCCAUGGACUCGACCAGACAAAAGCAAAAUCACUACCAGAUGCUAUCCCCAGACCUGUGCAGUCGCAGUCUGCGUCAAUGUCUCCCAGCUCUGUCAAGCGAUCCAGUUCUGCCCUGGGUAGUCCCGCAAGUCCAGAAGUUGAUGCAAAAAGGUCCCGGGUCGAAGGAUUCGAUAAAUCAACUCCUGACAAGCAGGUUACGAACGGUUUCCCUCUGCGGGACCAGGGUUGUGAGCCAGAGACGGAUUCUGCGGAUAUUACUGAACAGGUAAAAGUGCCGCAUCCAGAGGCCCCUUCUGUAUCGCCCUCUGCAGUCGUCGAUCAGACUGAGGCUCAGCCCACUCCGUUGGGUGACAAGGAUCUUCGUCCAGACGAAGAGUGUGUUCGCAUGAUUUUUGAAAAAGACGCAGACAUAGAAAACGGAGUCUUUUGUGACCCAUGCCUGAGUCGUUACGAGGCAGGCAUGCUGUUGGAACCACCUGACAUUCUUGUCAAUCCGGAUCCUGAUUUCCUUUUAAAACAUUGCAUUACCAUUCACCCUACGUUAUGGGAUGACCUUCGGCACCGAAGGGACCUCACUGAAAAGUAAUUGUAUCAAGCUCCAGCCAUAACCCAAUUGUAUAAUAUUGUCACUGUCCGCAUACCUUCAUCGCACGUAGUCUCCGGAUGUUACGACUUAGGGUCAUGUCUGUUUUAUUCAUUGGUUCAGCC